AUGACGACCGACAUAUCGGUGUCCCGGUGGGACCCGUCCAUCGGCCAUGGUCAGGAGAUCAUCGACGAGUUCGAGUACGAUGGCGGCAAUUCGUCCUCGAGGCUAUUCGAACGAUCGCGCAUCAAAGCGCUAGCAGACGAACGAGAAAGUGUGCAAAAGAAAACUUUUCAAAAAUGGGUGAACUCGCAUUUAGUUCGCGUCGGGUGCCGUAUCGGCGACCUGUAUGUAGAUAUGCGCGAUGGCAAACAGCUCAUCAAGUUGCUCGAGGUGCUCUCUGGAGAAAGACUGCCUCGUCCAACAAAGGGCAAGAUGCGUAUCCAUUGCCUAGAGAACGUGGACAAAGCGCUGCAGUUCCUGCGCGAGCAACGCGUGCACUUGGAGAACAUGGGCUCGCACGACAUCGUCGACGGCAACCCAAGACUCAGUCUUGGUCUCAUAUGGACUAUCAUCCUGCGAUUCCAGAUUCAAGACAUCACCAUCGAAGAGACAGACAACAAAGAGACAAAAUCCGCUAAGGAUGCUUUACUUCUGUGGUGUCAAAUGAAAACAGCUGGCUAUAACAAUGUCAAUGUCCGUAACUUUACGACCUCAUGGCGUGAUGGGUUGGCCUUCAACGCCAUCAUCCACAAGCACAGACCUGAUCUGAUUCAGUUUGAAAAGCUGCACAGGAGUAAUCCGAUGCAUAAUUUAAACAACGCUUUCAAUGUGGCCGAGGAGAAACUUGGUCUUACCAAACUUUUGGACGCCGAAGAUAUUGCUGUUGACCAUCCCGAUGAGAAGUCAAUCAUCACUUAUGUGGUAACGUACUACCACUACUUCAGCAAGAUGAAGCAGGAGACUGUGCAAGGCAAGAGAAUUGGCAAGGUCGUGGGUAUUGCCAUGGAGAAUGAAAAAAUGAUGCAUGAAUAUGAAUCGCUCACUAGUGAUCUGCUUCAAUGGAUCGAGCGUACGAUCGAGGCUCUCGGUGACAGAACAUUCGCGAACUCACUGGAGGGUGUUCGUCAACAACUAAUACAGUUCUCCAACUACCGUACUGUCGAAAAACCACCCAAAUUCGUGGAGAAGGGCAAUCUGGAAGUGCUACUCUUCACACUGCAGUCACGCAUGCGAGCGGCUAACCAGAAGCCGUACACUCCUCGAGAGGGCAAGAUGAUCCAUGAUAUCAACCGUGCGUGGGAAAAACUAGAAAAGGCUGAGCACGAGAGGGAGCUGGCGCUUAGAGAGGAGCUGAUCAGACAGGAGAAGCUUGAACAACUGGCUGCCAGAUUCAACCGCAAAGCUCAGAUGCGUGAGACUUGGCUGUCAGAGAAUCAGCGCCUCGUCAGCCAGGACAACUUCGGCUUCGACCUCGCUGCUGUUGAGGCGGCGGCGAAGAAACAUGAAGCUAUUGAAACUGACAUCUUUGCCUACGAAGAACGAGUCCAGGCAGUUGUGGCGGUAUGCUCCGAACUGCAGGCAGAGAGGUAUCAUGAUAUAGAGCGUGUGUGUGCCCGUCGCGAUAACGUUCUGCGUUUAUGGGCGUACUUGCUCGAAUUGCUCCGGGCGCGACGUGCUAGGCUUGAACUUUCGUUGCAACUGCAACAGAACUUCCAGGAGAUGCUAUACAUCCUGGAUUCUAUGGAAGAGAUCAAGAUGCGUCUCCUGACCGACGACUACGGUAAACACCUGAUGGGCGUCGAGGAUCUAUUGCAGAAGCACGCGCUUGUUGAAGCUGACAUUAAUGUGCUUGGCGAGCGAGUUAAGGUGGUAGUCGGCCAAUCGCAGCGGUUCCUAGAACAGGAAGAAGGCGGGUACCGUCCGUGCGAUCCUGCUAUCACAGUUGAACGUAUUCAACAACUCGAGAACGCUUACGCUGAACUCGUACAUCUUGCUGUUGAAAGGAGAAAGCGCCUGGAGGACAGCCGUAAACUGUGGCAGUUCUACUGGGAUAUGGCUGACGAAGAGAACUGGAUUAAGGAGAAGGAACAGAUCGUCUCUGUUGAUGACAUUGGACAUGAUCUUACUACAGUGUACUUGUUAAUAUCGAAGCACAAGGCUCUGGAAGCGGACGUUCUCGCCCACGAGGUACAACUCAUGGGUGUGGCCGCGGUCGGGGAUGAGCUCAUCUCGCAAGGACACUUUGGAGCUGACAGGAUACAGGACCGUCUUCGUGACAUCCUGUCCCAAUGGAACCAUCUAUUGGACUUGGUGUCUUUGCGCAAGAACCGUCUAGAUGCGGCGGUAAGAUACCACCAACUGUUUGCUGAUGCCGAUGACAUCGACAACUGGAUGCUGGAUACUUUGCGAUUGGUUUCGUCCGAAGACACCGGCGUGGAUGAGGCUCAGGUGCAGAGUUUGUUGAAGAAACACAAGGACGUCACCGAUGAGCUUAAGAACUACGCUAAUGUCAUCCAGCAACUCAAGCAACAGGCGCAGGAGCUGUCGCCGGAGGACGCGAACAGCGCGGAGGUGCGCGAGCGCCUGUCGGCCAUCGACGCGCGCCACGGCGAGCUGGCAGAGCUGGCGCGCCUGCGCAAGCAGCGCCUGCUGGACGCGCUCUCGCUCUUCAAGCUGCUGGCCGAGGCCGACGCCGCCGACCAGUGGAUCGCCGAGAAGGACCGCAUGCUCGACACCAUGCUGCCGCCCAAGGACAUCGAUGACGUCGAGAUUAUGAAGCACAGAUACGAUGGUUUCGACAAGGAAAUGAAUGCGAACGCGUCUCGUGUCGCUGUCGUUAACCAGUUGGCGCGGCAGCUGAUCCACGUGGAGCACCCUCAGGCCGCUAAGAUUCAGGACAGACAGGCUGCCCUCAAUGGAGCAUGGAGUUCGCUCAGGGACAAGGCGGAAGCAAAGAAGGACGAAUUGAAGUCCGCACAGGGAGUACAGACCUUCCACAUCGAAUGUCGCGAGACUGUGUCUUGGAUCGAAGACAAGAAGAGGAUCCUUCAACAGACCGACAACCUGGAGAUGGAUCUCAAUGGCGUGAUGACGCUCCAGCGGCGUCUGUCGGGCAUGGAGCGCGACCUGGCCGCCAUCCAGGCGCGCAUCUCGUCGCUGGAGAGCGAGGCCAGCGCCAUCGAGGACGACCACCCCGAGGAGGCGCAGCUCAUCCGCGAGCGCGUGCAGCAGAUCACGCACAACUGGGACCAGCUCACGCAGAUGCUCAAAGAGCGCGACGCCAAGUUGGAGGAGGCUGGCGACUUGCACAGGUUCCUUCGCUCCGUGGACCAUUUCCAGGCUUGGCUUACGAAGACUCAGACCGAUGUCGCAUCAGAAGACAUUCCAUCGAACUUGGCGGAGGCCGAAAAGCUCUUGUCUCAGCACCAGACAAUCAAGGAAGAGAUCGACAAUUACAGGGACGAGUACGCAAAGAUGAUGGAAUAUGGAGAGAAGAUUACUGCCGAACCCUCCACACAAGACGAUCCUCAAUACAUGUUCUUGCGCGAGCGUCUAAAGGCUCUACGCGAAGGCUGGGCUGAGCUGCAGCAGAUGUGGGAGAAUCGUCAACAGCUCCUGACGCAGAGCCUCGAGUUGCAGUUACUGCAGCGUGACGCCAGCCAGGCUGAGGUGCUGCUUUCGCACCAGGAACACAGGCUAGCAAAGACCGAGCCACCAACCAACUUAGAGCAGGCAGAGAACGCUAUCAAGGAACACGAAGCUUUCCUCACCACCAUGGAAGCGAACGACGACAAAAUCAACUCAGUCGUACAAUUCGCCAACCGACUGGUCGAAGAAAGGCACUUCGAUGCCGACAAAAUUGCACGCAAGGCUGAAAACAUCGACUCCCGCCGCAACGCCAACAGAGAAAAGGCACUGCAACAAAUGGAGAAACUACAAGAUCAACUCCAAUUACACCAGUUCCUUCAGGACUGCGACGAGCUUGGAGAAUGGGUGCAAGAAAAGAAUGUCACUGCCCAGGACGACACCUACCGUUCUGCAAAGACUAUCCACUCGAAAUGGACCCGCCAUCAGGCUUUCGAAGCCGAAAUUGCGGCUAACAAGGAACGUCUUUUCGCCGUACAGAACGCGGCUGAGGAACUAAUGAAACAGAAACCGGAGUUCGUUCAAAUUAUCUCACCGAAGAUGAGUGAACUCCAAGAUCAGUUUGAGAAUCUGCAAACGACCACAAAGGAGAAGGGCGAACGUCUGUUUGAUGCGAAUCGUGAAGUUCUCCUUCACCAGACUUGUGAUGACAUCGAUUCAUGGAUGAACGAACUCGAAAAGCAGAUUGAAAAUACUGAUACUGGAACCGACCUCGCUUCAGUCAAUAUUCUCAUGCAGAAACAACAGAUGAUUGAAACGCAGAUGGCGGUCAAGGCCAAACAAGUCACCGAACUGGAGACUCAGGCUGAAUACUUACAAAAGACUGUACCUGAUAAAAUGGAGGAGAUCAAAGAAAAGAAAUCAAAGGUUGAGGAGAGGUUCGAGCAGUUAAAGGCUCCCUUACUGGUGCGACAGCGACAUCUGGCUAAGAAGAAGGAAGCCUUCCAAUUCCGCCGCGACGUCGAGGAUGAGAAAUUAUGGAUUCACGAGAAGAUGCCUUUGGCUACUAGCACAGAUUAUGGUAACUCACUAUUCAACGUACAAAUGCUUCAAAAGAAGAAUCAAUCUUUGAAGACUGAGACUGACAACCAUGAGCCAAGAAUCCUGACUGUCAUCUCCAAUGGACAGAAACUUAUCGAUGAGGAACACGAGGCCUCGCCCGAGUUCAAACAGCUCAUCGAUGAACUUACGGCGAGAUGGCGAGAAUUGAAAGAUGCCAUCGAGGAACGCAAAAAUAAACUGUCUCAAUGGGAGAAGGCGCAACAGUAUCUAUUCGAUGCUAACGAGGCCGAAGCGUGGAUGAGCGAACAAGAACUGUACAUGAUGGUGGAAGACCGCGGCAAGGAUGAGAUCUCCGCACAAAACCUAAUGAAGAAACACGAGAUCUUGGAACAGGCUGUAGACGACUACGCACACACUAUCCGUCAACUUGGAGAGACUGUGAGACAUCUUACUGCCGAUGAACAUCCGCUCAGCGAACAGAUCUCCGUGAAGCAAUCACAAGUAGACAAGUUAUACGCCGGUCUGAAGGACCUGGCGGGCGAGCGGCGCGCCAAGUUGGACGAGGCGCUGCGACUGUUCCAACUGUCACGCGAGGUCGAUGACCUGGAGCAAUGGAUCACCGAACGGGAGCUUGUUGCUAGCUCACAGGAACUUGGACAAGACUAUGAUCAUGUCACGUUAUUAUGGGAGCGCUUCAAGGAAUUCGCUCGCGAGACACAAUCUGUUGGUUCAGAGCGUGUGGCGACCGCCGAACGUAUCGCCGACCAGAUGAUCGCAAUGGGACACUCCGAUAACGCCACUAUCGCUCAGUGGAAGGAGGGACUUAAGGAGACCUGGCAAGAUUUGCUCGAACUUAUCGAGACCAGGACACAGAUGUUGGCCGCCUCCCGAGAGCUACACAAGUAUUUCCACGACUGCAAGGACACGCUGCAGCGCGUGAACGAGAAAGCGCGCGGAGUGAGCGACGAGCUCGGCAGGGACGCCAUCAGCGUGGGUGGUCUGCAGCGCAAGCAUCACAACUUCAUGCAGGACCUCAGCACGCUUAACCAGCAGGUGGAGGCGAUCCGCGCGGAGUGCGGGCGGCUGGGCGCGAUGUACGCGGGCGAGAAGGCGGCCGAGAUCACGCGGCGCGAGGCGGAGGUGCGCGAGGCGUGGGCGGCGCUGGCGGCGGCGUGCGCGGCGCGGACCACGAAGCUGGAGGACGCCGACCACCUCUACCGCUUCCUCAACCAGGUGCGCACGCUCACGCUCUGGAUGGACGACGUCGUGCGCCAGAUGAACACCGGCGAGAAGCCGCGCGACGUGAGCGGUGUAGAAUUACUCAUGAACAACCACCAAUCUCUGAAGGCGGAAAUCGACACCCGCGAGGACAAUUUCUCGGCGUGCAUAAGUCUCGGUCGCGAAUUAUUGGCGCGACAGCACUACGCGUCCGCCGACAUCAAGGACAAACUGCUGCAGCUCACGAACCAACGCAAUGCUCUAUUACGCCGAUGGGAAGAGCGCUGGGAGAAUCUACAACUCAUCCUGGAAGUGUACCAGUUCGCCCGCGACGCUGCGGUGGCGGAGGCGUGGCUGAUCGCGCAGGAGCCCUACCUCAUGUCGCAAGAGCUGGGGCACACCAUCGACGAAGUGGAAAGUCUCAUCAAGAAGCACGAGGCCUUCGAGAAAUCCGCUGCAGCUCAGGAGGAUCGCUUCUCAGCAUUGCAGAGGCUUACCACCUUCGAAGUGAAGGAGAAGAAGCGUCGUCAAGAAGCGGCGGAGGCCGCAGAGCGCGAGGCCCGCGAACGCGAAGCCGCCGAGGCCGCAGCGGCCGCCGCCGCCGAACAGGACGCCAUCGACGCCGCGCAGGCCGAGAAGGAGCAGCCGCAGCCGCAAGAGCCGGAACCUGCUCCCGCCCCUGAACCUGCUCCCAUUGCCACAUCUGUGGCCGUGAUGGUCGACUCCCCGCCCGAACCCUCGACGUCAAAACAGACGCCCGCCAAACCUGCACGCCUCUCCACUCCUGGUUCGAGCUCGAUGCCGGCGACACCAUCUAGUUCCGGUAAGGUGAAGUCGCGGUCUCGAAGCAAGUCGCCAUUCAGGAGCUUCCGGUGGCGUACUGCGAAGAAACUACUCACAGGAUCCCAUCAUAGUGACGAUGAAGAGGGUGCUAGUCCCGCGAGUGAAGAUGAAGGCGUUGAGGGAACGCUGGUGCGCAAACAUGAAUGGGAGUCAGCAGCCAAACGAGCUUCGAACAGGUCAUGGGAUAAGGUGUACGUGGUAGCUAAGGACGGUCGCAUGUCGUUCUACAAGGACCAGAAGGCGUAUAAGGCAUCACCCGAUGCCUACUGGCGAGGCGAGUCCCCGCUCGACCUCAACGGCGCGGUCGUCGAAGUGGCCGCCAACUACACCAAGAAGAAGCACGUGUUCCGCCUUAGGCUGGCGGCGGGCGCGGAGUUCCUGCUGCAGGCGCACGACGAGGCGGAGAUGGGCGCGUGGCUGGAGGCGCUGCGCGCGCGCACGCAGGCGCCGGCGCCGCGCUCGCACACGCUGCCCGCGCCCGCCAACACCGAGCCCAAGCGACGCUCCUUCUUCACUCUCAAGAAGAAUUAA